UGGUAUGUCGGGACAGAUGGUCUGUUUACGUUUCUACCGUUGUGGCUAGAUUUGGUGGUAAUGUCAGGGACAACCAUUGUUGACAACUGUAGAAUUGUAGCUAAGCCCUUUUCCUAACCUUAACCUAAUUUUUGCUUUAUUAGUGUAAACGUUACUAUGCUACCUUUUUGUUACACAAAAAAACGUUGUUUCCUUAGUUUGUCCUGGUGGUGGGUGAUUCUCAACUUCUAUAGUGGAUGAUAUUGUGGUGGGUGAUUCUCACCUUCCAGAUUUAGUGGAUGAUAUUGUGGUGGUUGAUUCUCAACUUCCAGAUUUAGUAAUUAUGCACCACACAUCUGCCUCAGCAAUACUGUAAUGCAAACGCACGGUUCCAUCGGAAAUGAAUGUACUUCUGGUGUACCAACACCGGGGGGGAAAAUGUUGGUGUGAUCGAGGCGUCGUCCUGGUCUGUUUCGCAAGCGUUCCCGGAAGUAUCGCGAUGUUGCGUCUCUAGGUUUAGAAACUGCUAGUACACUGCUUAAUAUCUAUGGUGGAAAACGCCAUAUUUUCGAAAUGGCAUAUCACGAGUUCAAGUUUGAGGACCAAAUAACAAAAUACAUUCGAGAACAAGAAUUGGAAACGUCACUGAAAUUCAUAACAUUGAGAAAGGACAAAAGUUUUGCGCAAAAGGAUGCACAGCCUUUGGCACGGAAAAAACUCAGCUGGGAGAGUAAAAGUAUCCCAUUCAAUGGUGUUCCGUUUCAAGUUGUUGGCACAAAGACGUAUGAAUGCCACCAGGGCAAAGACAGACAGACAAAAGCCAAAGAGAAAUAUGCUGCUGAAAGAGACAAGAAGGAACUUGAAGACCAUACCUUUCUACAGAAACGGAAACUGGUACAAAAUACCAAAAAGGUGGACUGCAAGGCUAUAAUCAACAUCGCCCACGUUAUUCGCUUUCCUGAUUUUAAGAUUGAGGAAAGUACAGUGUGCUCUAAAAAGGAGGCCUCCCAAACUCUGAAGGCAGCACUAAGUGAAACACCCAGCUCCGUGAAGGCAGAGGUUGUCUACUGCGUCAGGUUCCCCUCCCUCUCUGAGCACAGCUCACAUGCAGUUGUUGGCGAGGCAGCUUAUGUUCGGGAAGCUGUAGAUGCCAGGCUGAGAGAGAAGAUUGAGCAGCUGACUCUGUCUGGUGUGAGAAAGAUGACUGAAAUGAAGUGUCAUCUGAACACCUUUGUAGUGGAAGAGCUUUUCCAUGGAGAGCAGCCCCCUCCACCUACUCGCAGGCGCUAUUACCCCACUGACAGUGACAUAAGAAAUGUCAUGUUUAAGACCAAGCAGGCCACCAGAGACUCCAACAUUGACCGUCCAUACGAAGGUCCAUCUGUAAGAGGAAAGAGGUCCUCUAGGAAGCUGCUGCGGUUACGGAGGCAAUGUGCAGGAUAUCUUAAAGAGAUCACAGAACUCACUUAUCAUCUCCAAGAGGAACAGUACGUGACUGAACUGUCUUCACAGCUCAGAAGCGUGUUGCUGGAUAUGAAGGCCCAUGUUCCACAGGAUAAAGGCCUUCCACUGACCUUUUCUCCACGGAAGAGAAAAGCUGAGAUGGACAUGGACCUCAUUCCAACCAAGAGUGUGUCACACCCUUUCACAGACGGGGUAGAACAGCAUACAGAGGACAUAUGUUCAAUGAUCUUCAUAGAGAUAUCUGAUGAAACGGGUGGUCCAGGGAUAUCUGAUGAAACGGGUGGUCCAGGGAUAUCUGAUGAAACGGGUGGUCCAGGGAUAUCUGAUGAAACGGGUGGUCCAGGGAUAUCUGAUGAAACGGGUGGUCCAGGGAUAUCUGAUGAAACGGGUGGUCCAGGGAUAUCUGAUGAAACGGGUGGUCCAGGGAUAUCUGAUGGAACGGGUGGUCCAGGCUCCAGGGAUAUCUGAUGUAACGGGUGGUCCAGGGAUAUCUGAUGGAACGGGUGGUCCAGGGAUAUCUGAUGGAACGGGUGGUCCAGGGAUAUCUGAUGGAACGGGUGGUCCAGGGAUAUCUGAUGAAACGGGUGGUCCAGGGAUAUCUGAUGAAACGGGUGGUCCAGGGAUAUCUGAUGAAACGGGUGGUCCAGGGAUAUCUGAUGAAACGGGUGGUCCAGGGAUAUCUGAUGAAACGGGUGGUCCAGGGAUAUCUGAUGAAACGGGUGGUCCAGGCCCCAGGGAUAUCUGAUGAAAUGGGUGGUCCAGGCCCCAGGGAUAUCUGAUGGAACGGGUGGUCCAGGGAUAUCUGAUGAAAACGGGUGGUCCAGGCCCCAGGGAUAUCUGAUGGAACGGGUGGUCCAGGGAUAUCUGAUGAAAACGGGUGGUCCAGGCCCCAGGGAUAUCUGAUGGAACGGAUGGUCCAGGGAUAUCUGAUGGAACGGGUGGUCCAGGGAUAUCUGAUGAAACGGGUGGUCCAGGUAUAUCUGAUGAAACGGGUGGUCCAGGGAUAUCUGAUGAAACGGGUGGUCCAGGCCCCAGGGAUAUCUGAUGGAACGGGUGGUCCAGGGAUAUCUGAUGAAACGGGUGGUCCAGGCUCCAGGGAUAUCUGAUGAAAUGGGUGGUCCAGGCCCCAGGGAUAUCUGAUGGAAUGGGUGGUCCAGGGAUAUCUGAUGGAACGGGUUGUCCAGGGAUAUCUGAUGAAACGGGUGGUCCAGGCCCCAGGGAUAUCUGAUGGAACGGAUGGUCCAGGGAUAUCUGAUGGAACGGGUGGUCCAGGGAUAUCUGAUGGAACGGGUGGUCCAGGCUCCAGGGAUAUCUGAUGGAACGGGUGGUCCAGGCUCCAGGGAUAUCUGAUGGAACGGGUGGUCCAGGGAUAUCUGAUGGAACGGGUGGUCCAGGGAUAUCUGAUGAAAUGGGUGGUCCAGGGAUAUCUGAUGGAACGGGUGGUCCAGGGAUAUCUGAUGAAACGGGUGGUCCAGGGAUAUCUGAUGAAACGGGUGGUCCAGGCCCCAGGGAUAUCUGAUGGAACGGGUGGUCCAGGGAUAUCUGAUGAAAUGGGUGGUCCAGGCCCCAGGGAUAUCUGAUGGAACGGGUGGUCCAGGGAUAUCUGAUGAAACGGGUGGUCCAGGCCCCAGGGAUAUCUGAUGGAACGGAUGGUCCAGGGAUAUCUGAUGGAACGGGUGGUCCAGGGAUAUCUGAUGAAACGGGUGGUCCAGGCUCCAGGGAUAUCUGAUGAAAUGGGUGGUCCAGGCCCCAGGGAUAUCUGAUGGAAUGGGUGGUCCAGGGAUAUCUGAUGGAACGGGUUGUCCAGGGAUAUCUGAUGAAACGGGUGGUCCAGGCCCCAGGGAUAUCUGAUGGAACGGAUGGUCCAGGGAUAUCUGAUGGAACGGGUGGUCCAGGGAUAUCUGAUGGAACGGGUGGUCCAGGCUCCAGGGAUAUCUGAUGGAACGGGUGGUCCAGGCUCCAGGGAUAUCUGAUGGAACGGGUGGUCCAGGGAUAUCUGAUGGAACGGGUGGUCCAGGGAUAUCUGAUGAAAUGGGUGGUCCAGGGAUAUCUGAUGGAACGGGUGGUCCAGGGAUAUCUGAUGAAACGGGUGGUCCAGGCCCCAGGGAUAUCUGAUGGAACGGGUGGUCCAGGGAUAUCUGAUGAAACGGGUGGUCCAGGCUCCAGGGAUAUCUGAUGAAAUGGGUGGUCCAGGCCCCAGGGAUAUCUGAUGGAACGGGUGGUCCAGGGAUAUCUGAUGAAACGGGUGGUCCAGGCCCCAGGGAUAUCUGAUGGAACGGAUGGUCCAGGGAUAUCUGAUGGAACGGGUGGUCCAGGGAUAUCUGAUGAAACGGGUGGUCCAGGGAUAUCUGAUGAAACGGGUGGUCCAGGGAUAUCUGAUGAAACGGGUGGUCCAGGCCCCAGGGAUAUCUGAUGGAACGGGUGGUCCAGGGAUAUCUGAUGGAACGGGUGGUCCAGGGAUAUCUGAUGAAACGGGUGGUCCAGGCCCCAGGGAUAUCUGAUGGAACGGAUGGUCCAGGGAUAUCUGAUGGAACGGGUGGUCCAGGGAUAUCUGAUGGAACGGGUGGUCCAGGCUCCAGGGAUAUCUGAUGGAACGGGUGGUCCAGGGAUAUCAGAUGAAACGGGUGGUCCAGGCCCCAGGGAUAUCUGAUGGAACGGGUGGUCCAGGGAUAUCUGAUGAAACGGGUGGUCCAGGGAUAUCUGAUGAAACGGGUGGUCCGGGCCCCAGGGAUAUCUGAUGGAACGGGUGGUCCAGGCUCCAGGGAUAUCUGAUGAAACGGGUUGUCCAGGGAUAUCUGAUGAAACGGGUGGUCCAGGGAUAUCUGAUGGAACGGGUGGUCCAGGGAUAUCUGAUGAAACGGGUGGUCCAGGGAUAUCUGAUGAAACGGGUGGUCCAGGCUCCAGGGAUAUCUGAUGGAACGGGUGGUCCAGGGAUAUCUGAUGAAACGGGUGGUCCAGGCCCCAGGGAUAUCUAAUGAAACGGGUGGUCCAGGCCCCAGGGAUAUCUGAUGAAACGGGUGGUCCAGGCCCCAGGGAUAUCUGAUGGAACGGAUGGUCCAGGGAUAUCUGAUGGAACGGGUGGUCCAGGGAUAUCUGAUGAAACGGGUGGUCCAGGAAUAUCUGAUGAAACAGGUUGUCCAGGCUCCAAGGAUAUCUGAUGAAACGGGUGGUCCAGGCCCCAGGGAUAUCUGUUGAAACGGGUGGUCCAGGGCCCAGGGAUAUCUGAUGGAACGGGUGGUCCAGGCCCCAGGGAUAUCUGAUGAAAUGGGUAGUCCUGGCCCCAGGGAUAUCUGAUGAAACGGGUGGUCCAGGCCCCAGGGAUAUCUGUUGAAACGGGUGGUCCAGGGCCCAGGGAUAUCUGAUGGAAUGGGUGGUCCAGGCCCCAGGGAUAUCUGAUGAAAUGGGUAGUCCUGGCCCCAGGGAUAUCUGAUGAAACGGGUGGUCCAGGCCCCAGGGAUAUCUGAUGAAAUGGGAAGUCCAUUCCCCAGGGAUACCACUCCUGUACUGUAUCAAUGUCAUGGCUGAUGAAACGGGUGGUCCAGGCCCCAGGGAUAUCUGAUGAAAUGGGUAGUCCAGGGCCCAGGGAUACCACUCCUGUACUGUAUCAAUGUCAUGGCUGAUGAAACGGGUGGUCAAGGCCCCAGGGAUAUCUGAUGAAACGGGUGGUCCAGGCCCCAGGGAUAUCUAAUGAAACGGGUGGUCCAGGCCCCAGGGAUAUCUGAUGAAAUGGGUGGUCCAGGCCCCAGGGAUAUCUGAUGGAACGGAUGGUCCAGGGAUAUCUGAUGGAACGGGUGGUCCGGGGAUAUCUGAUGGAACGGGUGGUCCAGGGAUAUCUGAUGAAAUGGGUGGUCCAGGGAUAUCUGAUGAAAUGGGUGGUCCAGGGAUAUCUGAUGGAACGGGUGGUCCAGGGAUAUCUGAUGAAACGGGUGGUCCAGGGAUAUCUGAUGAAACGGGUGGUCCAGGGAUAUCUGAUGAAACGGGUGGUCCAGGCCCCAGGGAUAUCUGAUGGAACGGGUGGUCCAGGGAUAUCUGAUGAAACGGGUGGUCCAGGCUCCAGGGAUAUCUGAUGAAAUGGGUGGUCCAGGCCCCAGGGAUAUCUGAUGGAACGGGUGGUCCAGGGAUAUCUGAUGAAACGGGUGGUCCAGGCCCCAGGGAUAUCUGAUGGAACGGAUGGUCCAGGGAUAUCUGAUGGAACGGGUGGUCCAGGGAUAUCUGAUGGAACGGGUGGUCCAGGCUCCAGGGAUAUCUGAUGGAACGGGUGGUCCAGGGAUAUCAGAUGAAACGGGUGGUCCAGGCCCCAGGGAUAUCUGAUGGAACGGGUGGUCCAGGGAUAUCUGAUGAAACGGGUGGUCCAGGGAUAUCUGAUGAAACGGGUUGUCCAGGGAUAUCUGAUGGAACGGGUGGUCCAGGCUCCAGGGAUAUCUGAUGAAACGGGUUGUCCAGGGAUAUCUGAUGAAACGGGUGGUCCAGGGAUAUCUGAUGGAACGGGUGGUCCAGGGAUAUCUGAUGAAACGGGUGGUCCAGGGAUAUCUGAUGAAACGGGUUGUCCAGGCUCCAGGGAUAUCUGAUGAAAUGGGUGGUCCAGGCCCUAGGGAUAUCUGAUGGAACGGGUGGUCCAGGGAUAUCUGAUGAAACGGGUGGUCCAGGAAUAUCUGAUGAAACGGGUGGUCCAGGAAUAUCUGAUGAAACAGGUUGUCCAGGCUCCAAGGAUAUCUGAUGAAACGGGUGGUCCAGGCCCCAGGGAUAUUUGUUGAAACGGGUGGUCCAGGCUCCAGGGAUAUCUGAUGGAACGGGUGGUCCAGGGAUAUCAGAUGAAACGGGUGGUCCAGGCCCCAGGGAUAUCUGAUGGAACGGGUGGUCCAGGGAUAUCUGAUGAAACGGGUGGUCCAGGGAUAUCUGAUGAAACGGGUGGUCCGGGCCCCAGGGAUAUCUGAUGGAACGGGUGGUCCAGGCCCCAGGGAUAUCUGAUGAAAUGGGUAGUCCUGGCCCCAGGGAUAUCUGAUGAAACGGGUGGUCCAGGCCCCAGGGAUAUUUGUUGAAACGGGUGGUCCAGGGCCCAGGGAUAUCUGAUGGAACGGGUGGUCCAGGCCCCAGGGAUAUCUGAUGAAAUGGGUAGUCCUGGCCCCAGGGAUAUCUGAUGAAACGGGUGGUCCAGGCCCCAGGGAUAUCUGAUGAAAUGGGAAGUCCAUUCCCCAGGGAUACCACUCCUGUACUGUAUCAAUGUCAUGGCUGAUGAAACGGGUGGUCCAGGCCCCAGGGAUAUCUGAUGAAAUGGGUAGUCCAGGGCCCAGGGAUACCACUCCUGUACUGUAUCAAUGUCAUGGCUGAUGAAACGGGUGGUCAAGGCCCCAGGGAUAUCUGAUGAAACGGGUGGUCCAGGCCCCAGGGAUAUCUAAUGAAACGGGUGGUCCAGGCCCCAGGGAUAUCUGAUGAAACGGGUGGUCCAGGCCCCAGGGAUAUCUGAUGGAACGGAUGGUCCAGGGAUAUCUGAUGGAACGGGUGGUCCAGGGAUAUCUGAUGAAACGGGUGGUCCAGGAAUAUCUGAUGAAACAGGUUGUCCAGGCUCCAAGGAUCUCUGAUGAAACGGUUGGUCCAGGCCCCAGGGAUAUCUGUUGAAACGGGUGGUCCAGGGCCCAGGGAUAUCUGAUGGAACGGGUGGUCCAGGCCCCAGGGAUAUCUGAUGAAAUGGGUAGUCCUGGCCCCAGGGAUAUCUGAUGAAACGGGUGGUCCAGGCCCCAGGGAUAUCUGUUGAAACGGGUGGUCCAGGGCCCAGGGAUAUCUGAUGGAACGGGUGGUCCAGGCCCCAGGGAUAUCUGAUGAAAUGGGUAGUCCUGGCCCCAGGGAUAUCUGAUGAAACGGGUGGUCCAGGCCCCAGGGAUAUCUGAUGAAAUGGGAAGUCCAUUCCCCAGGGAUACCACUCCUGUACUGUAUCAAUGUCAUGGCUGAUGAAACGGGUGGUCCAGGCCCCAGGGAUAUCUGAUGAAAUGGGUAGUCCAGGGCCCAGGGAUACCACUCCUGUACUGUAUCAAUGUCAUGGCUGAUGAAACGGGUGGUCAAGGCCCCAGGGAUAUCUGAUGAAACGGGUGGUCCAGGCCCCAGGGAUAUCUAAUGAAACGGGUGGUCCAGGCCCCAGGGAUAUCUGAUGAAACGGGUGGUCCAGGCCCCAGGGAUAUCUGAUGGAACGGGUGGUCCAGGGAUAUCUGAUGAAACGGGUGGUCCAGGCCCCAGGGAUAUCUGAUGGAACGGGUGGUCCAGGCCCCAGGGAUAUCUGAUGGAACGGGUGGUCCAGGCCCCAGGGAUAUCUGAUGGAACGGGUGGUCCAGGCCCCAGGGAUAUCUGAUGGAACGGGUGGUCCAGGCCGCCGGGCAUAGCGUGUGCCUUAGCUGUAGGUGUUUCCAGAAGUACAGUGUCUCUGUGUGGACCGUAACAGGGUUGAAGUUUUAUCUUAAAUCAGCCAAAAAAUCUGCCAAUUUCAAAAAGUUCUGUGAAACAGUAUUACUUGUAGAUUUUGAAAGUAAAAAUCUAAAAUCAAGAUGUCAAUUGUUUGUCUACAUGCAAUGUAAAAAAACAAUGCAGAUAUUGGAGUAAACCUAUUUUGGGUCAAGACAAGUAACUAUGAGUAAGAGCCAACAUCCAAAACCUAUUUCUCCUCAGGAGACUGAAAAAAUUUGGCAUGGGUCCUCAGAUCCUCAAAAGCUUUUACAGCUGCACCAUAGAGAGCAUCCUGACGGGAUGCAUCACUGCCUUCUAUGGCAACUGCUCAGCCUCCGACUGCUAGGCACUACAGAGGGUAGUGCGUACGGCCCAGUACAUCACCGGGGCCAAGCUUCGUGCCAUCCAGGACCUCUAUACCAGGCUGUGUCAGAGGAAGGCCCUAAAAAUUGUCAAAGACUCCAGCCACCCAAGUCAUUGACUUUUCUCUGUUCUCUCUGCUACAGCACCGGCAAGCGGUGCCGGAGCGGCAAGUCUAAGUCCAAGAGGCUUCUAAAACAUCUUCUACCCCCAAGCCAUAAGACUCCUGAACAGCUAAUCAAAUGGCUACCCAGACUAUUUGUACCCACAACCCCACCCCCCCUCCCCCCACGCUGCUGCUACUCUGUUAUUAUCUAUGCAUAGCCACUUUAAUAUCCCUAUCUGCAUGUACAUAAUUACCUCAAUUACCUCGACACCGGUGGCCCCUGCACAUUGACACAUUGACUCUGAACCGGUACCCCCUGUAGUAGGCCCCGCUAUUGUUAUUUACUGUUGCUCUUUCAUUUUUUGUUUUUCUUAAAACUGCAUUGUUGGUUAAGGGGCUUGUAAAGUAAGCAUUUCAGUGUAAGGUCUACUACACCUGUUGUAUUCGGCGCAUGUGACUAAUAAAAUGUGAUUUGAUUUGAACAUCAGCUUGCAAGCUGAGUUUGAAUAUGAAA